AUGGUCCUCAUUGGAGCAGCAAUUAUAACAAAGACAGGAAAACCGCUUUUGGCAAGGGUUUUCAUCUCGGACAUGACAAAAGCUCGGUUAGAAGGAUUAUUGGAUGCUUUUCCUAAGUUAAUUGCUUCCGACAAGUCGCAACGUCAGCAUACUUUCAUCGAAACAGAUAGUGUGCGUUAUGUUUUCCAUCCGCUGGACAGUGUAUAUGUUGUCCUGAUCACCACCAAAGCAUCGAAUAUUCUAGAGGAUUUAGAAACUCUUCGACUAUUUUCAAGAGUGAUUCCUGAAUACUGCCGCUCGAAUGAUGAAAAAGAAAUGCAAGCAAAUUUAUUCGAUCUCAUAUUUGCUUUUGAUGAAAUUGUCGCUCUUGGGUAUCGUGAAAAUGUCAACUUAGCACAGAUACGCACAUUUACGGAAAUGGAUUCUCAUGAGGAACGAGUGUUCAAUCAGAUAAAGAUUGCUCAAGAGCGAGCUGCUAACGAAUUAAUGACGCAGAAAGCUAUGGAACUGAAAAAAUUGAAGGCAGAGCAGCGAAAAUCUGGAAGAGGUCUGGGAAGCAGCGCAACAGCCAUUAGCUCAUCAUCGGUACCUUUAACGGCAGUUAUUGAUGAUACACCUAUGCGGCUAGCUGUAAAACCAAAAGCACCAGCAACCACAGGUGGAAGUGGGAAGGCAUUGAAGCUUGGUUCCAAAAAUACUGAUGACGACCAAUUUCUAAAACAGCUAAGGAGAGAAGGGCAAGUAGUCGAUACGCCUUUGCGUGCAUCAGACAUUGCUAAUGCAGAUGAUCGAACUGCAUCGGAAAUCGGUUCUUCUACCAUUUCACACGCUCCUGUUCAUAUUAAGAUUGAAGAGAAAUUAUCUGCAUCAGUAUCGCGGGAUGGUGGCCUUGAGAAUGGAGAGGUACUGGGUAGUGCAGCACUUCUAAUAAACGGCUCACAGUUUGCUACUGUCUGUGUUCAAAUCAGUAACAAUGACAAACAUGGUGCGCAACUACAGGUGCAUCCAAAUCUCGAUAGAAAGGAAUGGCUGCAAAAGUCAUUGUUAAAAUUGAAAUCAGUGCAGAAGCCGUUUCCAGUAAACAUGGAUGUUGGUGUACUAAAGUGGCGACUACUUCUGAACAGCGAAGAAAUGCUUCCUAUCUCAAUCAAUUGUUGGCCAAGUGAAAAUCCCGAUGGUUGUGUAGUAAACAUCGAAUAUACGCUUCAGGCUGAAAAUAUGACACUGAACAGCGUUGUUAUCGUUAUUCCUCUACCGCCCGCAGCUGUUCCGGUAAUAUCGGAAUGUGAAGGUACAUAUGAGUAUAUAAAAUCAAGAUCGCAGCUAGUAUGGAGUUUGCCUAUUGUUGAUGAGUCGAAUAAGACCGGUUCUUUGGAAUUUAGCACUCCUAAUGGCCAAGCUAACCAUUUCUUUCCAGUAACUGUCCGGUUCACUAGCAAGGAUUUAUUUUGUAAUAUAGCUGUAGAGUCAGUGCAAAAGAUGGACAUAGGCGAGACGAUACAGUAUUCAACGGAGAGCCAUCUGAUCACGGAGAAGUUCGAAAUAGUAUAA